UUCUGUCAUCCCACCAUUUGAUUCCUCGUAACCAUGGGCAUUUCAUAGGUCGUGAUUAUCAUUGGCACACAAUUUUGCAUUUGCCUUGUUGUUAUUUGUAAACAAACCAUACUAACUUAAGUACUCACAAGGUAAUUAGAUGGAAGGGAAGUGAGCUCAGAAUGGGUGACAGACCUGUUUAUUCUUGUCGCUGCCACGUCUUUAGAAUCGACGCUACGACCAAGAAGACAUGGAUUCCUGCCGCAGAGGGACCAGUCCAAGUUUCAUUUUUCUUCGAUCCAAACAAAAGAGGAUAUCGUGUAGUUUCUAUCGACAAUGGUAAGCCUAUUAUCAACAGUACCAUAGUCGCUGGUAUGACGUUCAGUAGAACUGCCCAGAAGUUUGGUCAGUGGAGUGAUCAGAGAGCUAAUACGGUUUAUGGAGUGGGUUUCAGUAACGAGGACGAGCUCGCUAAAUUCGCAGAUCAGUUCGAGGAAGCUAAAUCUUCUGUUGCCCGGGAUACUUUAUCUCCUGUCGGAUCUCCCCCUCCCAUUGAGAAUCACGAGACUGAGCCUCCCCCUAGACGAGCUAUGUCGCCGGGUCUUCCUCCCGAGCCGGCUAGAUCGACAAAUUCCUUUGACAUGGACAUUCCUGUAAAACUAAGGUCCAGUGUAACAACAGACGGAGAGUCAUCAGAACAUAGCAGGACCAGUGGUCAAGAGAACGGAGUUGAAAACUUAGUAGAAAACUUGAGGCUGGACAACGACCGACUGAAAACAUCGCUCAGUCAAUCUCAGAACAAUCUGAAGAAGUGGGAGGUGGAGCUGCAGACGUUGCGAACCAACAACAGCAGACUCCAGGGCGCCCUGCAUGAGAACAGCAGGAAUAUCGAGGAGUGGAAAACUCAGUUGCUGCAGUAUCGCGAGGAGAACAGCAAGUUAAGGAGUCGGAACGAGGAACUGGAGAUUGAGAUUGAGAACUUGAAUCGCAGUGGUACUCAUUCUCCUAAACUCAACAAAAAGAUUACCAAGUCAAACUUGAAAUCUGAGGAAGUGGAGCGAGUGAAGCAGAUUCUAGAGAAAGUCACUGCAGAGUUGGUGGAAGUUAAGGAGGAGAACAUGAGGAUGAAAGGUCAGCUGCGAACUCAGGACGAUAGAAAUGGGCAGAGCAAACAGGCUUACGAGAACAGCAUGAUCUGCCAACUUCAAGCGGAUAUGGAAAUAAGAUUGAGAGAUCUGGUAGAUAUGAACCGGAAACUUCUCACAUAUUGUCGUAAGACGUAGGCUUAAGAAACCUAACAGCGAUUUAUUUUGUUAAGAACUGUAUUUGUACAAUUGGAUAUAGGAAUUCACCCUUCACAUGGUUUAUUAUCGGUAUUGUUUUGUGAUUACUCAGAUUUACUUGGCAAUAAAGUGUUGCUGUGCACACGAUCGAGAUUUAUUACAGACAAAUAUUUUUAAUUUGGAGAGCAGCGCUACCAUUAUGUAAUUUAAUGAAAUUUAAUGAAAUUAUAUAUUUUAUCUCGAUUAUUUUGCUGAUUUUCGACUUCAGGUCCGAUAGUUUGGAUGAAGCUUACAUGCCUGAAAUCUUACAUAAAUAGGAAGUGCUUACUUAUUAUUAACUUUUCACUGCUUUUAAUUUUAUAUGAGUAUCUAAAAAUUUCAAAAUUUGAAUGAAUGAAGAUGAUUGGUAAUAUGGUAUAUAAUGAUAAGUUUUACUGUGUUUGUGUAUGAAAGUUCAGAGUUCAGAUGCAUUGUGAUUGGUAAAUACGAUGAGGUUUAGUAUAUUUCGAAGCUUUUAAUGUUUAUUAUUAUAUUGUGACUUGUAAUGUUUUUACAUAUCAGCUGAAUUUUACUUUUGUUUCCGUUUUACACUACAAAAAAUAUUCAACAUGUUAUAAUGUAAACUUUCUCAUAAUUCGGUAACCUGAGAAGAACUGACUUGUUGAUAAUAUUUUACCGCAUCUAACCCCUCAUUUCCCAGUUUUAACCCUCACCAAAAAUGGCUGAUGCUGUAGCAGAUACCCCCGUGGUCGCCCCUGUAGCCGAAGAAAAGGCAGCUGAAGAAGCUCCUGCUGUGGAGCCAGCAGCAGAACCCGCUGCUGAUGCUCCCGCUCAGAACGGAACUGCAGCAAAGGAAGCUGAACCAGAAGCCGAACCAGAGGCACUGGAGCCCCCCAAGAAACGAGGACGACCAUCAAGUGGAACUUCCAAAAGGACACCAAAGAAAGUUAAAGUCCCCCAGCAACCUACCAGACGCAGUACCAGACGAUCAGUAUCCAGAUCAUCAGAAGCCAGCACCCCAACUGAAAAGAGAGAGGAGCCUCUCGAAUUGGCGGAAAAGGAAAACGUUGACGAAAACAAUGACGCCGUCGAGGAAAAGAAAGCAGAUUCCGUCGAACCAACACCCCCCGUGGAGGCUGAGGCUUAGCACUUACACUCUUUAAAUCCCAAUUUCAGUAUUACAGACAUUAUUUAAUAACCUGAUACUAUACGCAAAUUUAGAAACCGUCCGAACUGGAACCGUUAAAUUGAUCAGACAGUUUUAAAUAACUUGAAUUACAAAGAUACGCCGGAGGUAAGACUAUCUAGGUGACUAGGUAAGGCUAUCCGAGUCUGAGAAGUUUGUUUUGGUUUUGAUUUUGUUGAAAUAAGUUGAUUUUCGUCAAAUCUAACAUGAGUUCAGCAUGAAAGUUCUCAAAUAUACAUGAUAGACCUUAAGUUAGUUUAAUCCGGCUCAGAAUUUGGGCCUCGUUAUUGCUACCAUGUUAAGUUUUGAAGUCUUUAUUUAUUGUAUAACUAAUAACUGUGUAUGUAUGAAAGUAUGGCUAAUUCUCCACUUUUUGCUGUCCGGACACAUGGCCCGUUAAUUUCGUGGCUUUCAAAGUAUUUAAUGUUACAAUUUUCAAAAUGUUUUAACCAAUUUAUUGAUGGCUAACAUGCUGACUGACGCCGUGACGUGUCAAUUCAACAAUUUUUUAAUGCGAAGUGACGUAAUACAUAUUUAGUGCAGUGGUCAGAUUAUUUGAGUUCAUUUCUAGAAUAAAGUUUCGAGUAGAUCGUGAUUUUCAUGUUAGAACAAUUGACGGUGAAAGGGUGGCGCCUCGAAUUUCAAAAUUUAUCAUUCAUUUCAGUAUUAUAACUAUCGUUUUGCCUCAUAAAGUAUUGAUACGUAUUUUAUAUUGAUGGCUAUGUAUAUCACGGUUGGAGAGUGAUCCAUAAAAAUAUAUCGGUAUCUGGAUAUUGGAAAUUUAAUCAGCGAACUAGACGACAACUGAUCUGUUUAAUGGAGCCUUCACUUGAACUUUUUACAGCCCCAAUAUUUAGGGUGCUCGUACUCUAUUUGGUUGCUUUAUUCCGCUGAACGUGACAUGAGGGUUUGUCUUCCAUUUUAAUUAUUGCACCUUUUACGUGCACUAACAUGGACACUUUUUACUUAAACGUAAUUAAAUCUUUGGUAAUUAGAAAAUAUCGCGAACAGCUUUAUGCAUCGAUAGAAAUUGCCUCAACAUUCUGUUGAUAUCACAGGUUUUUUAUUUGAAAAUUAAUUUAUUCCCACCAGAAAAAUUUAUUUUGUAGCACACAAUUUGUUUAUAGGGUUGGGAGUAAUAUACCAUGGGUAAACGGCUUGUGGUUGUAUAUGAUUAUUUAUUCUGUUUAUGCAUAAUAUGACCUUUUAAAAACAGUCGCAGUUAAAUUGACUUC